GCUGAGGCCCGAGCGCUGACCGAGCGAGCGGACGGCGGUCGCUUCGCUGCGGGCUGUUGGCCGCGCGGGCUGCUGGGCCGCGCACCUUCCUGCUCUUCGGCUCAGGCGCCCUUGGACAUGGUGGCCCCCGGCUCUGUGGGCAGCCGGCUGGGCGCGGUGUUCCCGUUCCUGCUGGUCCUGGUGGACCUGCAGUACGAAGGUGCUGAAUGUGGAGUAAAUGCGGAUGUAGAGAAGCAUCUUGAAUUGGGAAAGAAAUUACUUGCAGCUGGACAGCUAGCCGAUGCUUUAUCGCAGUUUCACGCUGCAGUCGAUGGUGACCCUGAUAACUAUAUUGCAUACUAUAGGAGAGCUACUGUCUUCUUAGCCAUGGGAAAAUCCAAAGCUGCACUGCCCGACUUGACGAAAGUGAUUGAACUGAAGAUGGAUUUCACUGCAGCAAGAUUACAGAGAGGUCACCUACUACUCAAACAAGGAAAGCUCGAUGAAGCAGAAGAGGAUUUCAAGAAAGUGCUCAAAUCUAACCCCAGUGAGCACGAAGAGAAGGAAGCCGAGUCUCAGCUGGUAAAAGCUGAUGAGAUGCAGCGCCUGCGCUCCCAAGCGCUCAGUGCCUUUGACGGUGCCGACUACACUGCUGCUAUAACCUUCCUUGAUAAGAUUUUAGAGGUUUGUGUUUGGGAUGCAGAACUGCGUGAACUGCGAGCAGAAUGCUUCAUAAAGGAAGGAGAGCCCAGGAAAGCCAUCAGUGACUUAAAGGCUGCUUCAAAGCUGAAGAAUGACAACACAGAGGCGUUUUACAAAAUCAGCACACUCUACUACCAGCUAGGAGACCACGAGCUGUCUCUCAGUGAAGUUCGUGAAUGUCUGAAACUUGACCAGGAUCACAAGCGGUGUUUUGCACACUAUAAGCAAGUGAAGAAACUUAAUAAGCUGAUUGAGUCAGCUGAAGAACUGAUCCGAGACGGCAGAUACACAGACGCAGCCAGCAAAUAUGAAUCAGUCAUGAAAACAGAGCCCAGUGUUGCUGAGUACACAGUGCGCUCGAAAGAGAGGAUCUGCCACUGCUUCUCCAAGGAUGAGAAGCCCGUGGAAGCCAUUAGGCUAUGUUCUGAAGUUUUACAGAUGGAGCCCGACAAUGUGAAUGCUCUGAAAGACCGAGCCGAGGCUUACUUAAUAGAGGAAAUGUAUGAUGAAGCCAUUCAGGAUUAUGAAGCUGCUCAGGAGCACAACGAAAAUGACCAGCAGAUUCGGGAAGGCUUAGAGAAAGCCCAGCGGUUACUGAAGCAGUCACAGAAACGCGAUUACUAUAAAAUCUUGGGAGUAAAAAGAAAUGCCAAAAAACAAGAAAUCAUUAAAGCAUACCGAAAGUUAGCAUUGCAGUGGCAUCCAGAUAAUUUCCAGAAUGAAGAAGAAAAGAAAAAAGCAGAGAAAAAGUUCAUUGACAUCGCAGCUGCUAAAGAAGUCCUCUCAGACCCAGAAAUGAGAAAGAAGUUUGAUGAUGGAGAAGAUCCUCUUGAUGCAGAGAGUCAACAAGGAGGUGGUGGCAACCCCUUCCACAGAAGUUGGAACUCAUGGCAAGGGUUCAAUCCCUUCAGCUCAGGCGGACCGUUCAGAUUUAAGUUCCACUUCAAUUAAACCAGCUAUUUUACUGCUCCUCUUCUUUAUUAUUAUUUUUAACAUUAAAAACAAAUUUUGUUUGGGAUUCUAAUGGAAACAAAAUGGAACAAAUCUUUUAGUUUGUCCAUGACCAAAGAGUUGUUAUAAAGAAAAAAAGCUGUGCUCAUUGUAGACUUAAGGUUGAUGGGCCUGUCAAGGUGGGAAGCAAGGAACUGACUGUAUUUCUGAUGAAGCAGCCUAUACUCAUGUUGUGACUUCUGGGAGAAGUGGUCUGAGAUGUUUAUCCUGUGGAGGUGCUCAAAAAGCAUCAGGUUCUAUGCAGGCUUGUGUAUUAUAGCCGUGAGGAGGAGCUGUGAUCUUUGAUGGACUGUGCCUCAGGAUUCUUAAAGGAGUGUGGACAGCUGAGCUUUACUUUUGGAGGAACAGUUAUGCUUAGACUUUGGUCAGUCCAUUCACUUGCAAGUAUUUCUGUACCAGUGUCGUCAGCUCUCACGGCAGGAGGGGAGAGGCCACCUUCCAGGAAACUUAGCAGCAGCUGGUAGGGUGUAUGUCCAGUAUAGACUGCAAGUAUUUUUGUUAUUUUAUAUCUAUAGGAAAAUACCAAUUUCACUUGAAUUUGAAGAGGCUCUGUGGUUUUUUUAGACAAUACCGUUGAAAGUCAGUUUGAAAUACUUUUUAAGAAAGUUUAGUUCCAAGUUGUUUGGUAGAAAUUUCCUGUCACAAAAUUGGUUUAGAAAUGGACUGUUGCUCUGUCAACAUGAGCAGAGCAUUAUGGUUGCCUCUCGCAAGCAGUGCGGUGAGGCAGUGUCUUCUUCUCUCACAUAUUUAGUCCAGCUGUCUCUGUUGUAUUGCUUGCUGGGUUUUGGACUGGCUGUUCCCUGGCUGUUUAUUCUGUGAGAAGAAAGUAGAGGCUUGCAAAUGGAUUCAGCUCUGGCUGUGUACCUUCUAUCAUCCACUCAAUAAGAUGGCAUUUCCUCCUGAGACAUUCCCGUCCCUCUUACUUUACAGCAGAUGCUUAAGAAAUGUACUAGUCAGUAUUUGUAUACUGUAUAAUUUUUGCCUUAAAAAUCUGUUGCUAAAUCAAGAAUAUUGAAUAUUUAUGGAACUACUGAUGCUGUAUUGAAAACUUAGAAGAAUUACUCUGGUAAGAAUUAUUGUCUCUAUUCUAGAUUUUUUUUUUUUAAACGUGAGAUAUUUUAAGCAUAAAGGUCUAAUAUAUUGCUUUUAUAAAAUUAAACAUUUUAGUUAAUUGUGGGAAGGAAGCAUGAAUGUAGCAGCCAAGCACAAAUCGUUUUCUUAACCUAUAGUCAUAUCAUCUUGAGCAGAUAGAGAAAAAGAUUUUGUUAAUUGCAAGAACAUGAAUUACAUGAGUUGGGCAGAACAUUUAAGUGAUUUUUGCCUCUGCUUAGGAGCCUCUUUCUCACCCAAACACUUAACAAUGCAUUUCAAAAUACCUUUCAGCUUUCAUUUUGCUUCAGUGUCUCACAGUUCAAGGCAGGCAAGAAAACUUGCAGCUUUUAUCCUAGCAGUAGAGACAGGCAGAGGCAGGUGGAUUCCUAAGAGUUUGAGCCAGUCUGGUUUACAUAGUGAGUUCCAUGCCAGGGCCUCCACCAAAAUACUAAAUCAGUUCAAGCCAGUGUGAAACAUUGAAUGAAAAAUAAAAAGCGCAUUUUUGUGUUUUUCAGAUCUUAGUGAUCUUACGUUAACUACUUACCUUACAUUGUCUUUCAGUCUGACUCCUUUUGUGACGUCACUGGCAGUUGUGAACUGGAGUGACAGCACCUCUGUGCUUUGCAAAGCCCAGUGUUCACCAGCAGAACAAAGGAGGCAUCACGGUGCUCACACUCCCACUUAGAGUGAUGUCAGCUGCCCGAGUGUGGGUGAAGGUGGGCUGCAUGGACACGUGUCCCAGAUCUAGCUGCCUCCUAACUUGCUUCCCAGAGAGGUUUUCUCUCUCUCUUUUUCCCCUUCCUACUUAUAACAACCCAAAGUAACUGAGGAUUAGGCUUUGUCAUUGCAAACUGGUGCCAAAGGCAGAUGCUGUGGCAGCAGGUUAGUGAGGUAGCCCUCCUGUGCUCAUUAGUGAGGUAGGGUGUCCAGACUGCCCCAGACGAGUCACAGCGUCAGAACAGUGGUUUCUGCUACCUCCCUGACAUUGGAUGGCAGGCACUGUGGAACCACAUUACUGAAAAAGCAUUCUCUGCCUCUUUCUCUCCCCUCUGUUUGCAGAGCUUCUUCCACAUUCCAAUUUCUGUGUUUAGGAUCUGCAGGUAACCUUUGUGGUAAUUCUGGGAAAAAUAUGAUCAAAGUUCACUUUGGCUGAACUCUGUUCUGUUCAUGGACGUCCCCUCCUCUGUGGUGAGCUUCCUAAGUGCAGUGUCCCUGGGCUGUGUCCAGUGCUCGUCGCUCAGGAGGAAGGAGAAGCAUCUGCUAUGGGGCCACACCUUUUAUUUCUACAACUCUACUCUUUCUUACUAUGAAUAGAAGAAAACCUGAAAAACAUCUCAGUGGUUUAUUAAUGUGAAUUGGAUAUAAUGUCUUAAGUUAAAAAUGUAGUCAGUGUUAAAAGUCUGUUUUUAAAUAGCAGUAUGCAGAUUUGUCACUGGAGUUCUGAUAAUGAAUGGAAUUAAAAUUUUUUUUUUUUUUUUUAAACAUAAGCAGACAUGGUGGCUCAUGCCUGUAAUCCCAGAAUGUAGGGCUGCAAUAGAAUGUCACUGUGACUUUAGGCCCCAUUUCAAAAAUACCAAACUUAAACACAUCCCCAAACAAGUAUGAGAGAGGAUUACAGAUAACUAAGUAAAAAAUGUCAGUGGUCACCAUUAUCUAUUCCUGGGUCAGAAGCUGUCAUGUGCCAUGAAGACGGCAAGUUGCACUAGGUAGCUGAGACUCCGCGGCCCGUGGGUGCCAACCUGCCUUACAGACAUGUCCCUGGGUAAGUGAGGAGCGAAGAGGGUUUUCUUGACUGAACUUGACUUUGCUGUAGUGAAGGAGGGAGGGGAAAUGGUAAUCUCUAAGAGCUCAUCUUUUCCAGAUCGUAUCAUUUCUUUUCUAUAGUGGCAGAAUUUAUUCUGUAAUUUCAAAUGAUGUUAAAAGGGGAGGUACUUUUUUUUUUUUUAAACAGAUGAUCUCAUUUCCUGAAUGAUUUAAGAGUAAAAUUUAGCCACUGCGUGGCUUUGUGUAUAGUAACAACAGGUUUUAUUGCACUAUCUAUGGUUGAAAUACCUGUGCAAAGAAAUGCAGGGCACAGGGGAGGUAAAAAUUAAAGCUGUUUGAUAUGUUAAAUUAGUACUCUUAAGUUUAUAUUUGUUUUAAAUGGGACAAAUCUUACUUAAUCCAUCUCAGUUUAGUGUUUUAAUAAAAAAGGAACUAAAAAUUAUUUCAACUUGGGCUUACAUGUGUCAAUAUGGGCAAUAUGAAUAUGGGCAAUAUUUUUAUGCCCGUGUAUUUUCACAUUUAAUAAAAAUAUUUAUGGUCAUAUCCACUA